AUGGAGAACAAUAGAAUUGAAAUAGAAAGAAAUAUUGCAAGAUAUAAGUCUAUAGUGAAGUGUGAAGCAAUCAUUAUGAUUUUAGCCUAUUCAAUACCUGGGUUAUUUAUAUUUAUAAUAGCUGGAUUUAGUGGCCUGAUUGGUUUUACUGUAUUCUUUUUCUUCCUUCCUUUACUGGGAUAUGCAGGAAUUAAAGUUUCGAAAUCAAGUAAUAUAUCUACUGCGGAGGUUUAUAAAACAAUAUUAUUUGGCAUCUCAGCUACCAGCGGAGGGUCAAGUGUGUGCUGCUUAAUAGGAUUCCUUAUAUUUUUUAUAUAUUUAUAUAAGUUUAUUAUGAAUAGCCCACAAAGAAGCAUUUUGAUUAGCUAUAUCUUACUUGCCAAAUCAGUUGGCAAACAAUAUCUCUUGGCUUCUAAAUUAAACUUGGCUAACCAAAAAUGUUUCCUAGUAGGUUAUUCUUAGUAAGUAGUAUAUAUAAUUUUGAGUGCACAAAAGAGAUGUAUUGUAAUUGCCCGAGGAUGGCGCUAUCUUGCGCCAUCCUCGGGCAAUUUAAAAAAUGGCCCCACACCGGGAAUUGAACCCACGUGUGGGGCCAUUUUUGGUUCGUGGAAGUCAAUCUUCUCCACAUACCAAAAAUGGCCCCACACGUGGGUUCAAUUCCCGGUGUGGGGGCCAUUUUUGAAUUGCUCGAGGAUGGUGCAAGAUAGCGCCAUCCUCGGGCAAUUACUAUAUGAUACUUGCGGGACUUAUAAAGGAAUCUUUGCGUUUUUUAUGUUUUUGUGUGGGUUUUUUGGAAUUUGCUCUAUUGUUAUUUUUUCAAUGUUUUCCAUAUUCUCUUGCCAUGCCAAAAAGUUUCAUGAGCUUCUUUUGGCUCGAGAGAGUGCAUCCUUGCCAUCAAUGGCUAAUCAGCCCUCAGCAUAUCAAUAUAUUCCUUUGCAAGAAAGCACAGCCCAUACUUUCAGAGUCCAACCACCCCCAGCUAAUCAAUAUAUUCCCAUGCAAGAAAUGUCACAAAGAGUUAUAUAA